UAUGGAGAAAGCCAAAGAUCAUAAACCCUGGUUUGGAAUUGAAUAAGAAUAUUUCUUGCUAAAAAGAACAGGAACAACUCAUUUGUGGCCUUUAGGAUGGCCAACAGGCGGUUUUCCAUAUCCAUAAGGGAGAUAUUAUUGUUCAAUAGGGGAGAGAAACAAUUUUGGUAGAGCUUUAGCCGAGGCUCAUUUGAGAGCAUGUUUGAAUGCUGGAUUAAAAAUUGCCGGAUUGAAUGCUGAGGUUGCGCCAUCUUAAUGGGAGUUUUAGAUAGGAAUUGCUGAAGGUAUUGAAAUAGGAGAUCAUAUGUGGCUGGCAAGAUAUAUUUUAGAAAGGAUUGGUGAAGAAUUUGGAAUUGAUAUUAAUUAUGAUCCUAAACCUAUUCUAGGAGAUUGGAAUGGUAGUGGAGCUCAUUGCAAUUAUUCUACUGUUACAACCAGAUCUGAAGGAGGAUAUCGCUAUAUUGUGGAUAAAGUAAUGCCUAUUCUUAAAGAUAAUCAUCUUGAAAUGAUUAAGUUAUAUGGAUAAAAGAACGAAUUAAGACUCACUGGAAGGCAUGAAACAGGAAAAUAUGAUUAAUUCACUUGGGGAGAUGGGUCAAGAGGAUGUUCUAUUAGAGUUCCUAUUAUUACGAAAGAAUAAGGAUAAGGGUAUUUAUUAUUAUAUUUCUAAAUAGAUAUUUAGAAGAUAGAAGACCAGCUGCUAAUAUUGAUCCAUAUUUAGUUUCUGCUGCUCUUGUUGAUGUAACGUGUUUAAACGGUGAACAUCUUAGAUAGCUGAAUUCUAUUUUUGAAGAUUCCUUGAAACCACUUGGAUAAUAAUUAUUUUAGCAGUAAAAAGAACAAUUUUAGCAAUCCAACGAAUGA